UCAUCGUACUUCGUGAGUUGCGCAACAGUCAUAAAACUCGGAGCACCAUAACUUUUGGCGCCAACAGAGCACGAGGCGAUAUUUAUUAGCGAUCAACGAAAAAUAACAGCGAAAAUAAUGCCGCCAAGAAGAGCAGUAAAACGAUCCGCUGAAGAUCCCACAAAAGCGGAAAAAGCGCCGAAGCAGAUCAAGAAGAAACCAGAAUUAACUGUGAAGCCUGACUUACGUUCACUUAAUAUAACGGGUGGUGUUAUAUUCGUAUUUGGACAAGGCGAUUUUGGGCAACUUGGUCUUGGAGAAGAUAUUACUGAAAAGAUGCGUCCAGCUGCUAUACCCGAGUACCAAGACAUUGUAGAUAUAGCAGCUGGUGCUAUGCAUAAUGCAUGCUUGAGAAAAACAGGAGAAGUAUUGACCUUUGGAUGUAAUGAUGAAGGAGCACUUGGACGAGACACUAGUAAGGAAGGAUCUGAGACAGUACCAGGCAUAGUUGAAUUACCUGGUAAAGCUAUUCAGGUGACAACAGGAGACUCGCACAGUGCCGCAUUGUUAGAAGAUGGCCGAGUAUUUGCAUGGGGUACAUUUAGGGACAUACAUGGUUCUAUGGGAUUAACAUUGAAAGGAAAUGAACGAUUUCCUGUGGAAGUAUUACCUAAUGUAAAAAUCGUCAAAAUAGCAUCAGGGAGUGAUCAUUUAGUAUUACUUAGUGAAAAUGGACGUGUAUAUACCUGCGGACGCGGUGAACAAGGACAACUAGGACGAGUAGCUGCACGAACAGCCAGCAGAAAUACGCGACAAGGAAUGGGUCCCUUAUUGACUCCAGGCAUAGUUGAAUUCAAAAUCAGUAAGAAACUCCUGUUUGAUGAUAUAUGGGCAGGAAACUUUUGCACAUUUGCUAAGGAACAUCAGAAAGGGGACAUAUACGUAUUUGGUCUAAAUAAUUUCUAUCAAAUUGGUUUAAAAAAGCAAGAUACUCACUUUCACCCACAAAUGUCGAAAACCUUUAGUGGCAAAAUAUGGAGACAUAUCAGCAGUGGAGAACAUCACACCAUAGCCCUUGAUGACAAAGGACAAGUUUUUGUCUUGGGUCGCAAGGAAUAUGGUCGCCUUGGACUUGGACCUAAUUGUUCGGACGCGGAGGAACUUACAUUAGUCCCUGCUCUACGUUCUGCUAAGUGUAUUGAUGUAGGUGCCGGUAGCAGAGAAUCUUUUGCGAUUACAGAAUCAGGUGAAUUAUAUUCAUGGGGGAUGGGAACGAAUGGAAAUCUUGGCACAGGGGAUGUAAAAGAUGUCGAGGAACCAGUAUUAGUUAAAGGAAAGCAAUUAGAAGGUAAGACAGUGGUACGAGUUAGUGGCGGUGGUCAACAUACUUUGGCUUUGGCAAUAAUUCGUCCAGUAAAAGACAAAACUGCUGGUUAAUAUUAAAUUAUAUCAUUUCAAGACAUAGUACAUAUGAUACGAAUUUGGACAGCAAUAACGGA